AUGGGUAUGAACGUGAGUCGUCAGGUGGACCUAACAGAGAACGAGUAUCUGCAGCGGUUCGUCGGCAAAACGCACGUCCCUGCUUACGAUGAUGAUUUUUGGAACAACUUCCUGCAAUACCACAUCAAUCUACCGACAAAUAGCCAGGAACAGUUGAGCCUCGAUUCGCGACUGGAAUCGCUAUGUCAGAGCUUUAUCAGUCACAAUCUACACACCGGCAACUUUGGUUCGUUGAUAAACGUAUUUCUGCUGAAGGUUUCUGAGCUGCUCACUCUCUCCGAUACCGAAAGUAACGUUCACAUAUGGCAUGCCUUCAAUGCACUGUUCAUCAUCCGAUGCUUGGUGAAAUACAUGAUCGAAACAGGAUCGGAGUAUCAGCUAUUGCAGCACUUUGAAGCAUUGCCUGUCCAAGCGUCAGAUAUUGAUUCAACAUCGAACGAAGCAUAUGCGGCAGGUACGAGUGCGGCUAUUUCCAUAGACGUUCGUGCGGUAGAGGAAACGAAAGCAGCCGUUGCAAAGCUGGUCGAUGGCACGAAAUUCGAAACGUUUCUUGAAGCACUGGUCAACAUUAUUGUGGUGAUACCGGUGAAAGAAUUCACAUAUCACCUUCAUCUUGAGGCGGUAAAUUGUAUGAUUAUUUUGCUCUCGGUGAGCCUUUUUUCGCAGCAAACGAUGGAGAAGUCCACCAUCUACAGAACGAUCUAUCGUUGCCAGCAUGCGAACACGCUGAUGAGUGCGCUGUUGCAUUUUCUUAGCCGCAUGAGCCAAGCUCCGCAGACAAUGUUCGGCUUUGGGACGGGCGGUUCGUUUGUGUUCGGUAUCGCCGAAUCGCUGUGGUCCAUACUAACGUUUGCCCGGAAACAGCCGGACAUACUGACCGCACAUGAUCUUCCGACAGCCUUCCGGGAGCACUACCCGUUGGCCAAUCAAAGCUUGCUGUUAAUUCUGAUCCUUACCAAUCACCACGCGACUAAAGAUAAUCCGUAUCGGAUAAGUUUAUUUGGAUGUUCCGAUUCACAAGAUUCUCCAAAAGAGGAUCCGGCAACGUUCAAGAUAGACUUUUCCUCCCUGUACAACACCCUGUGCCGAAUAGUGACUAUUGAUCAGGCAACAUUACUGCUCUAUCUGCUGCUCUACCGAAACCAAAGAUUCCAGAAGUAUGUGAUGGCACAACAGAACCUACAGCAGCUUGUUAUUCCGAUCCUGCAAACCCUUUACAAUGCACCGGACAGUACUUCACAUCACAUUUAUAUGUCGCUGAUAGUUUUGCUAAUCCUUAGCGAAGAUGACAACUUUAACAAGAGCGUUCAUCAGAUUAUGUUAAAAAACAUUACUUGGUACACGGAACGUUCGAUUAGUGAGAUCUCGCUCGGUGGAUUGCUGAUAUUGGUCGUCAUCAGGACGAUUCAGUAUAACAUGCUAAAGAUGAGGGAUAAGUACUUGCACACAAACUGUCUCGCUGCGUUGGCCAACAUGUCUGGCCAGUUCCAAUCGCUCCAUCCGUACGUAGCGCAGCGUUUGGUGAGUUUGUUCGAAACCUUAGCAAAGAAACAUGCACGGUUAGACCAGCAGCUCAAACAACCGAACGAUCCCAAUGGUGAGCCGGACGUGUCCAUACCGAUCGGUGGUGGUUUAACGUCCGAAGAUAUGUUACAGGAUUUGUCCGUGUUGGAGGAAGUGCUGCGCAUGGUGCUGGAAAUUCUAAAUUCCUGUUUGUCGCAUCAAUUGGUGUACUGUCCUAACUUGGUAUACACUUUGCUAUACAAACGCAACGUCUUCGAGGCCUUCCGAAGUCAUUCGGCAUUUCAGGAUAUCAUACAGAAUAUAGACAUGGUGGUUGGAUUCUUUUCCUCACGGCUGCAACGAGUUCAAGAGCAGCGCGGAGAGCUUGGUGUUACUGAAGUGCUUGAAGUGAUCUCGAAGGGAGCGAGCCAGUGGUCGAGUGAUCGUUUACGGAAAUUUCCUGACCUUAAAUUCAAAUACGUCGAGGAGGAUGCGCCGGAAGAAUUCUUCAUCCCUUACGUCUGGACACUCGUAUGCAAGGCUGGCUGUGUGCACUUUAGUUCCGAAACGAUAAAAGGCGUCAGUGCCGAGAUCGUUUGUUAA